CCGCCCUUUAACGCAUAACUCCUCAAGCCCUUCCUCUCUGGAGUUCCCAAGUUUUCCACAACACAAGUAACGAGCUGGGCAUGUCCAGAAAACCUUAACACAACUUCUCUGCAGUGGAAAUGGUUUGGACACGUCACUCGGACAGCACAGGACACUACUGUUAACAUCAUGUGGCUUCCGUGCAGACGCACUUCGAAGUAUGUCGCUGCUUCCUUUAGUCGUGGCGUCUUCACAUCUUGUCUCCAUGUUUUGCGUCGACGCAGCUGCAACACAGCGGCGUUCAUGCCGGAGGCUGCGGGCUUUGAAGGGGUUUCGGGCCGUACAGCGCUGCAGGAGUACUCGGUCUCCAACAGUGAGAACUUCUGGGCUGCUGUGGCCCGCCAGAGACUGAGCUGGAUCAGUCCCUUCCACACGGUCCAGGACUGCGACCUCAGUCAAGGGAAGAUAAAGUGGUUUGAGGGAGGAAGACUAAAUGUGUCCGUGAACUGCUUGGACCGCCACGUUCACACCUGUCCAGAGAGGGUGGCUCUGAUCUGGGAGAGAGAUGAAAAGGGGUCAGAGGUCAGGUAUACCUACAGAGAGCUGCUAGAUAUGACAUGCCGCUUGGGAAACCUGUUACGGCGGCAUGGCGUGAAAAAGGGGGAUUGCGUCACCAUCUACAUGCCUACCUGUCCCCUGGCUGUGGCUUCCAUGUUGGCUUGUGCCAGGAUAGGUGCUGCCCACAACGUGGUGUUUGCGGGGUUCAGCGCAGAAGCCCUGGCUGAGCGAAUCAGAGACGCUGAGUCCAGCACUGUCAUCACUGUGAACCAGGGCAUCAGGGGGGGAAAGGUCACAGAACUGAAGAAGACCGUGGAUGCAGCCGUGCAGAGUUGUCCAACAGUACGACAGGUUUUUGUUGCAAUGAGAACAGAAAACCCAGUUGCCAUGACAGCCAGGGACAUCACCAUGGAGGAGGAGAUGCUAAAGGAAGAUACAGUGUGUGAACCAGUUGCUAUGGACAGCGAGGACGUCCUCUUCCUGCUUUACACAUCAGGCAGCACAGGGAAGCCCAAAGGUCUCGUCCAUACGCAGGCUGGAUACCUGCUGUAUGCUGCGCUCACUCAAAGGUAUGUCUUCAGCUACCAAGAUGGGGAUGUAUUUGGCUGUGUGGCAGAUAUCGGCUGGAUAACAGGACACAGUUACACAGUCUAUGGGCCCCUGGCCAACGGGGGAACCACUGUCCUGUUUGAGAGCACUCCCAUUUACCCUGAUCCAGGCAGAUACUGGGACAUGGUUGAGAGGCUCAAGAUUAACCAGUUCUAUGGGGCCCCCACAGCAAUACGCCUGCUAAUCAAAUAUGGAGACCAGUGGGUGAACAAAUACGACAGGUCCACCCUCAGAACUCUUGGCUCUGUGGGAGAGCCGAUCAACACUGAAGCUUGGGAGUGGUACUACAGGGUGGUCGGAGAAGGACGUUGUCCUGUGGUGGACACCUGGUGGCAAACAGAAACUGGUGGUAUCUGCAUCGCCCCAAAGCCAUCAGAACCAGAUGCAGAGAUCGUUCCAGGAAUGGCAAUGAGGCCCUUCUUUGGCAUUAAGCCAGUGCUCAUGGACACUGAGGGUAAAGUGCUGACCUCCAAUAGCACAUCUGGAGCUCUGUGUAUGGCUCAGCCUUGGCCUGGUAUGGCCAGAACUAUUCAUAACAACCACCAGAGGUUCAUUGAGACCUACUGCCAACCUUAUCCUGGUUAUUUUUUCACUGGUGAUGGUGCGUAUCGCUCUAACGAGGGGUAUUACCAGAUCACAGGCCGCCUUGAUGAUGUCAUUAACGUGAGCGGUCACAGGAUUGGCACAGCUGAGAUAGAGGAUGUAGUGAAUCAGUGUCCUGCAGUGGCAGAAUCUGCUGUCAUUGGAUACUCGCAUAACAUCAAAGGACAAGGUGUGUAUGCCUUUGUGGUGCUGAAAAAGGGUACAAAUAUAGAAGAGGAAGACUUGUCCAGGCAGCUCAACAGCAUGGUUUCUGAAAAAAUAGCCAAGUACGCUUCUCCAGACUUCAUUCAGUUUGCCAAACGUCUGCCAAAGACACGCUCAGGCAAGAUUAUGCGCCGGGUGCUGCGCAAAGUUGUGGAGUGCGACCUGGAUGGUUUAGGGGACCUCAGCACGCUGGAUGAUCCUGCAGCAGUUCAGGAGAUUAUCCAAGGCCACAAAAAGCUCUUAAAGAAAUAACAACCAUGCUAGCAAAAUUCCUGAAUGCAACAGUAUCUAAAGAUGAAUAUACAGGUUACACCGGCUUUUUACUCUGUUUUAAUGAAUCACAUUUGUGCCCUAAAAAGAUAUUUUAAAUAACCAAAAACAUUGGUUUUAUUGUAUAUAUGAACAUUUUAUAAAAUCACGUCAUAAAACAAAUUUUAAAAUUACUAAAAAAGAGCAUUGUGUUUAAUAACAGUUGUAAUCAAAAGACUGAUUGUAAACAUAAUAAACUUCAUAUAAACGCACAUAAAA